AUGUCCGCUGCAGUGGCGGCGCGCGUACCCGUGUUCUGUCUUUAUCUGGAAAUAUUGGUGACAAUACGUAGACGCACUGUUGGUGGCCGCCAAGAUGAGGCUGCUGUGGAUCCUUUUGUCAAUCUUCGUGCAAGGUUCGCUGGCCCGACUGUUCAAAGCUCAGCCACAGGCGCUGUCGGUGGUUCAUCAGGGUGAUGCCGUGCUGCUGGAGUGCGUCACCAAUGAACCGGUCACUUGUGGCUGGAAACUGGAGACGCUCGGUCUCGGAGCCACCGGGUUCCUCAACAACAUGGUUCCGGGCAACCUAGACAUCUCGGCUCGUGACAAAAACAGCGAUAUGGACUGCACCAUCACGCUCAACAACGUCGACAACCGGUUCAACGGGGUGUACACGUGUUCGCCUUACACGAAGAACGGCGGUCAAGCGAACUCCGAUGCGGCCGAGGUGGUGAUCGCACAGAAGCCGUCCCGGCUGGAGUUUCUCGGCGCUGCUGCCGGCAGCUUCGAGCUGACGGCGUCGGCCGACCAGCCGACCUCGGUAACUUGCGAAGCGAGCGGCGCCCGACCGAAAGCCAAGCUCGAGUGGUACCUGGAGAACACGCAGAUCUACGAAGGCGUCGUGGUGACGGACACCAAGGACCCGGCCACGGGGCUCGUCACCACCAACUCAACUCUGACGCACCGCUUCAGAAAGGAGAACAACGGCGACCAGCUGCGCUGCGUGGCCAGCCACGCUGGCUAUGAUGAUCAGGACAGCCGCGAGCAAGCCAUUGUCGUCGACGUGCAGUAUGCUCCGUAUCGCCCUGAAGGAAACAACGUCGGCAAGAUUUACGGCUUCACGGCCGGAGAGGAGGGCCAGGUCACCUUGAGCUUCACGGCCAACCCCAUGCCAGGGCCCAUGUCCUGGAAGAUCGGCGACAACGUCUUCGUCCAGACUGGGAGUCAGUCUCUGGACGGACGGUUCACGGCCGGCUCUCUGGUGACGAUAGACGGCCAGAGGGGAAAAUACAACCUGACGCUCACCAUCGCCCCGGUGCGGAUGGAGGACCAGUCCAAGACGUUCCAACUGCGGCUGGAGAACGAGAUGGGGCCGACGGCGCUCGAGUUCACAAUCGGGACGGGGCCGGCACCACCGCCGCAAGUGAUGAGCUCGUCAGCCAUUGUUGGCGCCGUCGUAGGCGGGCUCGUGCUGCUUCUCAUCAUCGGACUGGUGGCGUUCGGGCGGAGCCGUGGAAAGUGGUGUUUUGCAGCUGACUCGGCAGAAUGCAGAAGUGAUCGUAGUGACACUGAAUCGGCACAUGAUGAAAAAACGUAUAAACCCGAGAAGCAGCCUUUCAAAUUUCCGAAUUUCUCCUCUAGCCUGCUCAAGUCGAGCAAGACCUGGUACGGACGUCGAGAUGGCGGAGAAUAAGGACGAGACGCGGGGGCUGACCAAGGCGGAGGGCGAGCCGGACGGUAACCAGCCGGAGAAGAAGGAGGGCGAGACGGUGUACGCCGAGCUGCUGCUCAACUCGGACGGGGUGAAGACCGAGGUGCGACCCUCCGCUGAGAAGACCGAAUAUGCCGUCAUCGUCGGAACCAAGAACGCCGCGGACGGCGUUGACGCCACUGACAAGGCUAGGGAGUAGCUGUCACCACGGCUCGACGCCGCCGGCGCCACCACUCCGCAAAGAUUGAGCUCUAGUGCAGUUCGGCGUGCCGGACAAACACUGCCGCACAUUGGCCACCUGUCGUGGGCCGCAGCAAACCACGGUGUUCGGCAGACCGAGUGGACCUGUCCCGGUCAUGGCCACGGAGAGCGUAUGGUGUUCUCUCAGUUGUGCGUUGCAUCGCUGGUUGGCUUGCGUUCUCAGUAACAGUUUCGUAGUACAAAUGUAGCUGCAUCAGCAUGUUUUCGUCAUUUUCCAUUGCCUGUUGCGGUCGGAAUGUAUUUGUAUGCUUCAAGCGUGGGUGAAUGUCGGGGGAAAACGUUUAAGAAUGAAAGAUGAAGAGAGAGAGAGAGAGAGAGGGAGAGAGCGAGAGAGUGAGAGAGUAGGAGAGCGAAAGGGAGCGAGAGAAAGCGAGAGAAAGCGAGGGAGAGAGCAAGAAUGAGA